AUGGCAGGUGCAAAACCAUUUGUUGACAGUAAGAUAAAACAACGACCUGUUUUAUUGUUUUCUAAGAAGUAUAGCCCGGAAUGUCAAACUGUAAAGGAUAUCAUGGACGGGUACAAGUUAACAAAUCAGACUUACGAAGUGGUGGAAAUUGAGAACCGACAAGAUUGUAACCAAAUUGAAGAUUACUUUCAGAUAAUUUGUCUGACCGACAGACGAGCGGUACCCCAGCUGUUUGUCAGGGGAAAGUACAUUGGCGGUGAGCCAGAGAUCAGGCGACUUCACGAAUCUGGAAAUCUUGGCAAAAUUCUUAUUUCAAUGAAACAAUAGCAUGUUUUUCACUAUUAAAGGACAAUACUUACGGAG